AAGUGGAUCAGAUCUCAGUUCAAAUCGGUUCUCUCCCAGUCUUAACUCCACUCCGAGUGCGACAGAACAAGACUCCAUAGCUGCCUGCUGCAGCACUUCCGCUCCGCAAGAGGCGAGACACGAGCCUACGCGGCGGAGGCAAAGACACAAAGAAAGGUUCUUUUCCCCUUUUUAUUUGAGGCCGGUAUGUCGGAUGAGGAUUCGCGUGCCAGCACUAGUUCUUCAUCUUCCUCUUCCUCGACUCAACAACAAAAACAAAGAGACACACCUAACAAGAAACGGGAGAGCAAAGCCAACAUGAGCAAGACCUCGAAACUGCUCUCGACCAGUGCGAAAAGGAUUCAGAAAGAGCUGGCAGACAUCACACUGGACCCGCCGCCGAACUGCAGUGCCGGGCCUAAAGGAGACAACAUCUAUGAGUGGAGGUCCACGAUCCUGGGACCCCCGGGGUCCGUGUACGAGGGAGGGGUCUUCUUCCUCGACAUCGCCUUCACGCCCGACUACCCCUUCAAACCUCCAAAGGUAACGUUCCGCACAAGAAUCUACCACUGUAACAUCAACAGCCAGGGUGUGAUCUGCCUGGACAUCCUGAAGGACAACUGGAGCCCCGCCCUCACCAUCUCCAAGGUGCUGCUGUCCAUCUGCUCCCUGCUCACAGACUGCAAUCCUGCUGAUCCCCUGGUUGGAAGCAUCGCCACCCAAUACAUGACAAACAGAGCUGAGCACGACAGAAUAGCCAAACAGUGGACCAAGCGAUACGCCACAUAACUGCACCGCCAGGCCCAGCACAGGGGCUGCGUCGCGGAGGGAGCUGCUCAGAGAACGUCUGGGGAUUGGGGGUGGGCUUUGGGCGGGGGGCGGGACGGGGCGGGGAUUUCCAUUGCAGAUUUUAAGUCCUUUAUUGCCUGAUAUUUUUUGUUUUUGUUUUCAGUUUUAAGUUAUCUUGGCACAGCUAGGAAUAAAAAAUGCAAUAAGUAUCUUUGGGUUCUUUAGUUUAUCUUUCUCUUUUUUUAAUUUAGGUCUUUUAGUGAGUUAGUGCUGUUAAAAUACAGAAAUUUUACUUAUUGACUGCUCGUUUAAAAGGUAUCAUAGCAUGUUUACUCUCUUUCCAGGAUUUCAGUUUUAAAUGUGAACCAUUAAUAAAGUCUCUCAAUGAUGAAUAA